AUGCUGCCGGUUUCGAUCGAGGCACCGGCGCCGCGGACCGACUUGGGCCUCGCGCACGAGGCUCCUACGCCGCUUCAUGCGCCUGCGCAGGAUGUGCGCCCUUCGCACCGAGUGCCGCCGGGCUUCCGAGCGCCGCCGCCGCAGGACGAUGACGCCGAAGACACGGCACCCAUGCCGUGGUGGGUGCCCCACAGCGCCGCCGGCGCGGGCUCGUUGGGCACGGUCCCGAAUGUGCCGAUGAACAAGAAUGGGUGGCGGUACGUGGCAGCUGGACCUGCCGCGCACCGCCUUCCACGCACCGUGUACCAUACGCUCGACGUGGCGCCGGCCUGCGUGCAUUGGUCGUGGCAGGACCGCAGUGCCUUUACCCGCAUCAGUCAGGACGCAUCGAUCGUGGGCACGGACAAGGGGUAUCGCAGCGCGCGUGCGAACGUCGGUGUGCGGCACGGCGCCUGGUACGUCGAGAUGCAGGUGCUGCCGCCCGACGCAUCGAGUGCGCCGGCCGUGCCGAUGCGCGACGGACCGCAUGUGCGCCUCGGCUGGGCACGGCGUGAAGCAUCCCUGAAUGCGCCUGUGGGCUGGGAUGCGUACAGCUAUGGCGUACGGGAUCAGAACGGAGCAUGCGUGACGCAGUCUCGACUCGUGCCCUACGGCCGCGCGUUUGGCCCAGGCGACGUGGUGGGCAUGUACAUCCGCCUGCCGGAGGCGCAUGUGCCGCCACCUCCCGGCACCGAGCAUGGCAUCGCGCAGAAGCGCAUACCGAUCCGGUACAAGGGCCAGCUCUACUUUGAGAGCCUCGAGUACGCGCCGUCUCGCGAGAUGGAGGCGCUGAUGGACGAGCAGCGCCGCAGCGGCACGAUAUGGACGCCCCAGCCUGCACACGUGCGUCCCUUGCCGACGCUGCACGAUAGCUGCAUCGGCUUUGUCGUCAACGGCGAGCCACAAGGCAUGGCCUUCGCGAACCUGUACGACUACCGACCGCUGCGCACGCACAAAAAGCGCCAGCACGAAGUGUCCGCGCACGCGAGUGUCAGUGCGAUCUUGAAAAGCCGCCAGAAUGCACUGGACGACGGCAUGCUUGGCUACUACUGCAUGGCAUCCAUGUACGGCGGCGCGCGCGUGCGCAUCAUCGCGUCCGAUUUCGUGCAUCCUCCGCCGCCCGAUCUCGAGGACCGGCUGUGGCGUGCGGGCACAGCCCCGGGCGUGUCAUGCACACGCCAGCACCCAGCGCCGCCAUGGCGGCCGCUCGCCGACAGGUACGCCGAGGUGUGUCAGGAGGCAUGGGAGCUGGACGAGGCGGACGAUCGCGCUACAUAG